AUGGCUUUCCUCUGGACAGCUGCUGUCUACCUAGCCCUUCUUAGCACCGUCUGGGGCUGCGGAGUCCCUGCAAUCAGACCGAAUGCAAGGGACACAGUGAGAAUUGUCAAUGGAGAGAAUGCAGUCCCAGGCUCUUGGCCCUGGCAAGUAUCACUGCAGACUAGCACCGGCUUCCAUUUCUGUGGUGGUUCCCUGAUCAAUGAGAACUGGAUUGCUACUGCUGCACAUUGUGAAGUGAGGCCCGGAACACAUUUUGUUAUCCUUGGAGAGUAUGACAGAAACUCUGGAGCUGAGCCAAUCCAGAGGAGAUCCAUAGUCAAGUCUCAAUGGGCACCAACCAGCGCUGUGCCUAACCUUUCCCUACUUGGGGGUUUACUUGUUUCAACAGCAAGUGGCUCAGCAGCCAAGCUACAGCAAGUGGCUCUUCCUCUGGUGACAGUCAGCCAGUGCCAGCAAUACUGGGGCAACAGCAUCACCACUUCCAUGAUAUGCGCUGGAGCGGCUGGUGCCUCCUCCUGUCAGGGUGAUUCUGGCGGCCCUCUGGUGUGCCAGAAAGGCUCAGCAUGGACCUUGAUUGGGAUAGUCUCCUGGGGCACCACCAACUGUAAUGUCCAGGCUCCUGCUGUCUAUACGCGUGUCUCUAAAUUCCACAGCUGGAUUGAGCAAGUGGUAGCUUACAACUGA